UGUCUUUGGUCGACAAUAAUGCAUUGAUCAGCUGUGCUGCAAUUACAGCUGCGCAAAGCCGUCCAGCCGACGAGAGAAGCACAUUCAUCUCAACUGCAUCUGCGAAAAUGUCCCUUCAGGCAGAGUUUGAGAAGAUGGCAGAGGAUGUUAAGAAGGUGAAGACGAGGCCUACAGACCAGGAACUGCUGGACCUGUAUGGGCUUUAUAAGCAGGCGCUCGUUGGUGACAUCAACACCGAUCGACCAGGAAUGAUGGACUUAAAAGGGAAAGCCAAGUGGGACGCCUGGGAGUCCAGGAAAGGAAUGUCCAAGGACGAUGCCAUGUCGGCCUACAUCGCCCUUGCAAAGGAAGUCAUCAGCAAAUAUGGGAUGUAAGGCUUACAAUAAACUGAAGAGGCAGAAGUAAUGCAAAAAGUGACAACAGACUACUAACUCCAAUACUAAAACAAUGCUGCUGCCUAACAAGUAGCCUUCUGCUUCAGAGGCCAUAAUUAUGCAGGAUAAAGUGUAAUUUUAGAUUUUUGUUUUUUAUUUUCUGUGAUCUCUUUCUCCUUGAUAUGUAAUUUUUUUACAUAGAUUUUUCCCAUUAAUUUAUACAACUGAGAAACUUCUAUGCAUCCUCUGGGGGUAAAAAUAUUAAAUUUGCUAAUUGCUAUUUUAUCUAAUUUAUGUAGUUUGUACUUGUAAUCCACCUGUGCACACCAAUAUUGUCUACUGGUCCACUUUGAUAUGUAACUUGGCCUUUAUUCAAAACUGGACAAGCUAAAUACUGUCAAUUGUGAACGUACUUUCUGCACAUAUUUUAAAAAUAAAACCUCCUCUGUUA